AUGAGCGCGCCGAUGAGCGCGGGCGAGGCGGCCGCGCUGCCUUACACGAUCGCGCCCCCCGCGCAUCCCACGUACAGCAUCGCCGACGCGAUCAAGCUCGCGCUCGAGGAGGACAUCGCGGACGUGGGCGACAUCUCGUCCCUCAGCACGAUCCCCGAGGCCACCGUGAGCACCGCGACUCUCCUGGCCAAGGCUGACGGCGUGCUCGCGGGCCAGGCGCUGUGCAACCAGAUCCUCGCCGCGGUCGAUCCCGACGUCACCGUGUCCUGGUCCAAGCUCGACGGCGACGUCAUCGGGAAAGGGGACAUCUUCUGCGAGAUGACGGGCAAGGCGCACUCCAUCCUCCGCGCCGAGCGCGUCCUCCUCAACUUCAUGCAGCGGAUGAGCGGCAUCGCGACCCUCACGAAGGCCAUGGCGGACGCCGCGGCUCCCGCGUACAUGCUCGAGACGCGCAAGACCGUCCCGGGCCUCAGGCUCCCCGACAAGUGGGCGGUGCUCAUCGGCGGCGGCAAGAACCACCGCAUGGGUCUCUUCGACAUGAUCAUGAUCAAGGACAACCACAUCGCGGCGUCCGGCGGCAUCGACAAGGCGGUCGCCAACGCGCAAAACUUCUUAAAGGAGAGGGGCAUGGACGGCGUCAAGAUCGAGGUGGAGACGCGGACCAUGGACGAGGUGAGGCAGAUCGUGGACCUCCUCGACGACGAAGCCGUCGUCACGAGCGCGGUGAGCCGGGUGAUGCUGGACAACAUGUCGCUGGACGACAUGAGGGAGGCGGUGGCGCUCAUCGGCGGGAGGGUGGAGACCGAGGCGAGCGGGAACGUGACGCUGGAGACGGUGCACGCGAUCGGUCAGACCGGGGUGACGUUCAUCAGCUCGGGCGCGCUGACGCACUCCGUCGUCGCGUGCGACAUCUCGCUCAACAUCAGCACGUGA